AUGUCAUCGCCCCACGUCCUCCUUCUCGGCGGCCACGGAAAGAUCGCCCAGCUGCUCACACCACUGUUGCUGCGGCGCAGCUGGUCCGUCACCAGCAUAAUCCGUAACGCAGACCAGGUGGCUGCCGUACAGGCGCUUGGCAACGGCGCACCGGCCGCUGCCCGCCUUACCGUCUUGGUUCGCAGCCUCGAGGAUGUGCACGUCCAGACCGACGCUCAGGCGCUGCUAGACGAGCUGCGGCCCGACUACAUCGUCUGGAGCGCAGGCGCCGGCGGCAAGGGCGCUCCGGAACGCACACAGGCUAUCGACCGCGAUGCCGCCGUUGCAUUUGUCGAUGCUGCCGCCGCCACGCCGUCUGUCACCCGCUUCCUACUGGUGUCCUAUCUGCUUUCGCGUCGUGGCAAGGCCUCAUGGUGGGAUGACGCCUCGUGGCAGAAGGGAGAGGAGGUCAACCGCUCCACUCUGGCCCGUUAUUACGAGGCCAAGCUUGCUGCCGACGAGGCGCUGUACCGUGCAUCCCAGAGGCGCGGCUCCGACUUCGUGGCUAUUGACCUGCGCCCCGGUGUUUUGACCGAUGGGCCUGCUGGCCCUGUCGAGUUGGGACGCACAGCUAAGGCUCUUGGUCCGACAAGCCGUGCCACAGUUGCCGCCAUUGCGGACCUGCUCCUGGCGCACCCGCAUGCGCGAUCGGCCUGGGUCGACGUGCUGGACGGUACGGAGGAGCCAACCGCGGCUGUCAACAGAGUGACACGUGAAGGAGUCGAUGCGGUCGAGGGUGAACCCGUGACAAAAAAUUAG